AUGGCCACCGGAGCUGAAUUUCGGCAGGAUAUGCCUCCGAAAGGGGGAUAUCGCAGUUUCAACUUCCAUCGAACAUUUCCAAAAAUGGUGUGGAAUCCCGCCGCAGUUGUUGCCGUCAUCGGUGGUGCUACUGCGUAUGGAGUGUACGCUGCUAUUGAAGGAAAAAAGAAAGCUAUUACUGAUAAGUUCGAAGAUGUAGAUAUCAACAACGCUAUGCAGCCAUUCCUCACAGCGGAGAGAGAUAGAUACUGGCUCAAGCUUCUUGCUAAGAAUCGUGCCCUCGAGGAAGAAAUUAUGAAGGAUGUUCCUGGAUGGAAAACAGGAACGUGGUAUGGUGAGCCAGUGUACUUCACUCUCGGAGAUAAAUGGUGGGAUCCAUCAGCAACCGAGGAAAUGGAAGCUCGCGAGCAUUUGUGGCGUCAGCAUUCAGAAUACGCGGGACCCAAAUUUUAUGAUAAAUGGAUACCACAGUCGAUUUCGAAGUACUUUUGGUGA